CGCGGCUUGGCGUCAAAGUGGAGACUCCAACCGAGGAAUUUCGACAUCGCGAUUUUCGUGAUUGAUCUGGGUCACAAGACGAAACGCAUCGUUCCCUGUUUGCCUCCAGUUUGCGACCAAAGGUCCCAUCCUCGACGGCGACAUUGAAAGUCAAGCAUCCCUUUGUGAUUCAUUCCUAUGAUGAAACACGACUUGACAAAAAGCAACGAUCCCUCCAAUAUUCGCCCCCCAAGCUACUCGCUUCAUCAUCUAGGCACCUCCAGGCCGGCUACUAUCGCAAUUUUCUCUCUGUCUUCGUUCGAUGCCCAAGUGGUCUCUCGUCGUCUAAAUUCCUACGGGAAAUUUUAUCCUGGGAUACCAUUGCUGUGUCUCACUUCCUUAGAAACUAAGCUCAUUGAAGGAAGUAAAUUUUUAUCGCAUCGUGCGUCUAACUCGAGUCGUCGGCCUCUAUUCAUUCAGCCUCUACUCUCUAAUUCGCCGACUUUUCCAAACCUUUCCCAAUGUCGCAGUAUGCCUCGGGCCACGGGCAAUGGCCAAUCGAUCCUUCGGGGUUCUAUCCAUACCCGACAAAUCCACCGCAAACCCAGCAGCGUCCGACGUCAUAUCAUAACACAUCGAGCGAGCCAAGUCCAUCCGCCAGCUAUUUGACUUCUCAGAACUCAUUCGGCUACAACUCCACUCAGAUACCCGGUCUGGGCUUUGGAGGACCCUCAGCCUCCGCGAGCAACGGCCCUACACCGCAGCCCCAUCAACAGUCAUGGAUACCUCCACCGCAACCCCCAGCAAACUACCAGCAGCAGGUUUCCAACGCUCCCGCAACUACUCUGGAGUCGGCGAAAACUUCAUUCCAGCCAGAUCUUUUGCCGAAACCACCCGUACAAAAUACACAGGAGGGAAUGGAGGAAGGGGAGUUAUCCGACGCCGAUUUCGAUGAUUUAUACGAUCCUCAGCCCGACGACGUGGCCCAGCCACAACCCAGCACCGUGAAUCAAAAACCACGACCGGUUGAUCAUGUCCGACAAAACUCGUACUCGCCUCACUUGUCUCCCAAUGAGGUCGGUCGGCCACAAUUGCCAUCGACGGUCUUGAAUGGUUCUAGUCAAAGCACGAAGCCAUCAUUGCCUGGGCUAGGCUUGCAAAAGAAUCCAGAUACUGUUGACGAUGUACCGGCACAGCCCGUGGGGCCAGUCCCUCAGUUCAGAUCAGUCGAUGAAGCCAAGAAGGAGGCACAAAAGUCUAUUCUGAGGCUUCUUCCUUUGGGCGUCAAAUACCAGACCUACCUCGACGAGGGCUUUGAUGAGGCUACGGUCAAGUCGCUAUUCAACGAAUUGAAUUUACUUCCCCCCAGCAUUGCCGUUAAACCUGUCACACAGCCUGUGACGGCAGCAAAGCCGGUGCCAAACAGUGUGGCUGUACCGGAUAAGAACACACCCGCGCCCAAAGACAAAACAGAGGAGCGAAAGGAUCGUAUUGCGCGGUUGCUGGCUGCAAAGGCGGCCAAUAAAACAACUUCAACCCCAGCGGCCCCGUCAAAGCCAUCGACAACCUCCCCGGCCCCGACGCAAUCGCCAGUACCUGUAUCGGCGGGGCAUCCACCCGAUGUGGGAACCCUCGCCGUGGCACCAACUGGCCCCUCGAUUCCAAGCGGACCAGCGGCAAUGCAAAAUGCCCCGCCCCCGUCGGCUCCCACAGCUCCUUUGGCUCUCCGCAAGGAAAUGGAUUCGGUUGCUAAGCCAAAGUUUAAAGCGGACAAGGAGGCACUGCUCAAGAAGAAGCUAGAGGCACUGAAAUCACGCCAGGCACAGAAGCAGCUGGCAGCUACCACACAAACCACGCCGCCAGCAGUAGACUCUGGCUCUUCUAUCUCAAGACCGUCGGUCCCUUCCAUCACCAUUCCCGCGGGUAGCACCGUUAACCCAGUACAUAACACACCCGCUGGCGGCCAGUCAAAUAUGGGUUCGAGCCCUUCCGUUCUGAACGCACAGACAGGCUCAUCUAUCCCGGGACUUUCAUUGUCCACAGGAAAUCUAGGGUCGGCCUCGUCCCGCAAACGACCUGUAGCGGCAGACUUUGUCGACUAUUCGGCGACAGUGGGUACACCAAAACGCCCAUAUGGACAGCAUCGACAAGACUCCUUCGUGAUUGAUAUUAGCGAGGAUUCGGACGAUGAUGUGGAGAUGGAAGUCGAUUCGCCCGGAGGCCACAGCGAGUCUUCUUCAUCUCGUGUCGAGACUCCCAACCAGGGUCCUGUGGUUAGAGAUUUUCCGCCACUAUCAGACGGAACACCAAGGAAGAGUUUGACUAGGAGCAACUCAAACGUCCCACCUGCCAAGCUCAGUAGGCUUGAUAGCGAUAUUCUCAGGAUGAGAGCUAAAAUUGCUGCCGCGGAGGCAAAGAAAAGAAUGGCUGGUUCGGGGUCGCAGACGCCCGAUGUUACAACCUCGACUCCGGAGCUUAAGGAGCCCCCCACGCGUUUAGUUGACCCCGCUGAACAUACUCGAACCACAGCCCCAGGGCAACGAGCUGUCUCCUUCAGCGACAUUGAGAGCACAGAUCUACCAUCUGCGCAGUUGAUCUCUGAAGCGGCCUCUGCAAGCGUUCCUCGAUUUCCUGAACAAACACAGGGCACGCGAUCCAUGCAUGGCUACGGCCAACUUAAGGUUGCAACAGCCCCACCAGUGCGCCCGGCUACCCAGGCUGCUGCUGCGGUAGAAGGCGAUCGUCGCGCACGUAUCACGAGCGUGCAACUGCCUAAAAUCGAGGCCAAACUGCUGGAGAAGAAGACCAAGCUGAAAUUACUUGAACAAAAGGCUGCCCAACUGAGACGUGAGAUCGAAACUGAGGCAGCUGAAAGGGAGAAGUUAGCAGAGGAACUUCGGCAAUUAGAAGUCGAGCCCACUGAUUCUGAUCCGCCUAGCCAGAGCGUCAUGCAGCAUCAAGAACAGCAGCCGGUCGGACAAGAGUCCGAUGCACAGCUACCUCAACCUUCUGUUGAAGCACAGGAACCAACCGAAAGCCGCUCAGCACAAGUUUCGCAAACUUCUCCUUCCGCCCCUCUAGCAGACGCUCUAGAUUCUGAACCGAUGCAAGUGGAUACGGGCAAAAUGAUUGUCGAAGAGCUUGUCUCUGCUCAGGAGUCCCCGAAAGAGAAGGCAAUAGAACCAGCCACCGCGGCGUCCGUUAACAGCACCGAGGUCGACGAUCAAACCCUGACAGGACCCACUGAAGAUGCUCCGUUCGCACCAAAGUCACCCGUACAGAGUGUGUCAGCAUCAAAGGAGUCUCCUCAAAUCGAUGUUGUGAUGGCCUCUACUACUUCCACCCCUGAAUCGGGUCAGAUCGAAGAAAGUGCGCCUGCAUCACCUCGGGACACCAAUUCGGGCUCAACCUCAUCAGACGAAUCUCAACUUAACUUUGAGACGACUCCAGCCCCAGCCACAGAGAUGAUCUCACGCGAGAGGGCCGAAGGUUCACCAGACAUGCCAAUGAUUUCUGAUGUCGUUCACGCCAACGACGACACAGAGCGCACGGUCGAUGUGAAUGGAGAAGCCCCUACCGAUCCCAAAGAUGAAGUGCCCUCCUUCACCCCCUACGAGAGUCCAUUGACAUACUUCAGAGCGUACCGCUUUCAUCCGAAAUACGCAGAGACUGUGACAGGUGGACUGAAAUCACUCACCUACACUAACAAAAUCAACCCAAAACAGGCAUUGUGUCUGAACGAACUCACCCAAAAGAAGUGCAAUGAUCCAGAAUGUGGUUUCCAGCACUUCAAAUCCAUGGUUCCCAGAGAUGAUCAAAUCUUGAUGGAGCUAGGUCAAGCGGAUGACUUUGCCGACGGCGAGGAGAAGAGCAGGUUUAUUACCGGUCUCCGAGACCUGCUAGCCGAUUGCCGUGCCCAAAAGGUUCGCGACAUGGACGAAAUUGGCCGCGCCAUUAUAGAAUACCGACGCAAAUUUAUUGGAGACCAGUCGCGGGUCUUGACUAGCCUUCAAGACACCAAGAUCUGAACCAGAAUUAGUUGUUCGUGGGCUUGGGGAAUAUCAAGAAGAGCUGAAGGGCUUUGGUUUUAGUAUAAUCGGCAGACUGUCGAUGGUUUUUUUUUUAAACAGUAAUCCUAACUGCACGCAGCGGACGCUCCGGCAACGACUGUGUCGCCCGCCGGUAGGACCACCCUAGCAUUGCACUUUGUUGCGAUGGGUACCUGCGCACCGCACUACGGCCGAUUCUUCGGCCUUCCCUCCCGUCGGACCCAGUGUACCAUGUGCAAACUGGGCUGUGGCUCGUGGAGCCUAUCAGUGGAUGACGGUGCGAGACAUCGUACAUUAAAGUCAUCGGGAAGAGGAGGAAUUAAUUAUUGGCAUUUGGACCUCGGGUUCAGUAUCGAUACCGUGCUAUUCAGUACGGCAUCAUAUGUGCGUUCUGGUCACGAGAGGACAAGAUAAGGAAGAAAGCAAGAGCUAGAAAAGAGACGGGAGCACAUGCAUGCAUGCAUGCAUGCCUGGGACGAUGGGGUUUUAGGGUGGUGAUGAGAAGUGGGGAAAAAAUAUCCGUCAAGAGGAGGAUACCAAGCAGGUUCAAGUGAACCAGGCGCCGCUUGAGUGUAUUACUAUAACCAAGGGCUGGCUCCACGCAAGAUCUGUUCAGCAUCCGAAGCGAAGGGAUAAUAGUUUCCCGGUAUGCAAGUAGGACAGCCCUCUGAGGUCAGCAACUGUUUGAGGAUCGUGCACUCCCAUGUGUGGACAACACCGGCCAGUUGUCAUCAUCGAAGUAAACAGCAAUUAGGUCCUGGCGAGUUCGGGAGGGGAUUUUCUUUUAUCUACUACAGUGACUUUAGCGAGAAGUUUCUAAACGUAAAAGAGGAGGAAUAAUGUGUCGCGGACUGUACCACAAGUCAAUAAAUCAAUCAUUCACAAUCAAUCA